AUGCCGUUACAGCCUUUUAAUUUCGACAAAAAACCAGACAUUCGACUCGUAGUAUACCAAAAUAUAGUCUAUAAGAUUAAGGUGACUUGUAGACAAUCUUCUGACAGGUAAUUUUACGCGAUUGGUUUUCACAUGUUUGAUGUCGCUGCUAUGUACAUGUUGUUAUUGCUGUUAUUUUUGUCCAAUAAAUCACCAAAACGUCUCUAUUUUUAAAUUCCCAAACAGAGAAAGUAUUCGACGGUUGUUUUUAGAAGACAAAAACAAUAAAGAUCUAGAGGUGAGUUCAUUUUGGUCGGACCUACGUCAGAGUCCAUUUAAAUUUGAAAAACCUCUUGGAAUCAUUACUACAGACUGUCUGAUUUCAAGUAAUCAUUAUGCAUAAUUUUUACUCCUUCUCCUCAGAGAGUUGUUUGUGCCAUAUUGAACACAUAUGAUCUUAUACCAGUGCAAACAGAUAAUUUUGUCGUCUAUCCAUGUAUCCUUUCAACAGUAAAUACACUGCAUUAGCAAUCAGUAAUUAUUAAUUUUUAACACAGUAACCCACAAGAGAUUAACAUCCGACUUCUCCCCGCAAUAUCUAUACAUUACCCAGCAAGCAGGUAAUUAAAAUACUCAAACAUAUCAAGAAGAAGUUGUUGUCUUGAUCCAACACCAAAUUCUUGUAACUAAUUUAAAAGGAAAUAUGCUGUAGCUGGAGGGGAGAAUUGACUAUUAGAUCUUGGAAGUUAAAGGGUUAAUUGCUACAAAACUAAAUGUAUAACAUUUCAUAAGUCUGAGAGUGAGAACACAGGAAGAAGAUGACAAUAAAGGAUUGAAAUGUGCCCCCAGGAAGAAGCUUAAAAUGAUACUGUCUCUUACCAGAGUUUCCAGACAGGGAUUUUAUUUAAUAAUCACAAACAGAAGCCUUUGUCAUGAUCAUAUUUGAUGCUGAAAAUGUCCACCUACUCAGUUAAUGAAUUUACAAUUUGCAAAUGCUGAUGGGAAUAUUAUAUUGUGGGUAGUAUUAAUGGAUGUUAUGGAAAGAUUUAUGUCCAAUCUGAUAUUAUUCUAAAACAAAGCCUAAGUCCUAAAGAUAAUUUAUUGUUUUCAAAUAAUUUGAAUUUAUCAAAGAACUGUAUGCAAAAAGAAAGUAUGGGCUUACAUAGAAAUCUUGCCAUUGUUUUUCAAAGAUGAAAUAAUAGUAGGGGACAAUUGUGAAGAGUCAUUGUCAUGUCCUUUUCCAAUGAAACAUUUGUUGCAAAACCAACUUAACCCAAAGCUUAUAGAUAAAAACUACUGGGAAACAAGAGAAAGACUGGUAUUUUCUCAGCAUGGUCAUUUCCUAGAGGCUCAUAAGUAUUCCUUUACAUUUUAUGUGGAAGAGAAACAAAAAAACCAUGGACAAAUUGUACAGACAGGUAUACUAAACCAAUUGGAUGUGAUCAAUUCUUUAAAUAUAUUUAUGGUAUUAAUAAUAAUAUAUAAGUUCUUAUUGAGGGCACAUUUGACCUCAAUGCAGUUGCCACAAAUAUAAAUUAUAGAAUAAAUAAGAAAAUCUUUAGUCCUAGCUGACAUGUUAAAGGCAGUUUUGAACAUUAUAAAUAUUUGGAAAAUAUUAAGAGUAAAGACUAAUGUAAAUAUUUCUUGAGUAAAAAUGUGUUAAGUUUUGUUUUAAAUGUAGCAACUCUCUUUGGAUUUUUAAUAUUCUUUUAUGGUGUUGGAUAACUGAGGUGCACCUUAUGUUCAAGAUUUCAUGGCUGAGGUGCAUCAUAGUGAACAGGAUGAAGAUUGGAGAGUCCUAUAUAAAUAUCAUAUUCUUGUGUGUCUGUGAUUGUUGUCUUUUAGACAGAGCUCAAGAACAGGAAAAGCAUGUCAAUCAGACUUCAGUGGUAAGUGCAUUGUACAUGCAUAACUUAACCCUUAGAUCUCUAAGAGUGACUGGCAUCUAAUUUCUCCUCACAAUAUUACCCUUGAAUCAAACACUAAGGUACCAUUAAAAAUGAAAAUGAUCACUAAUCUAGGAAGCUCUUUAUUGUUGAACAAAUUCUCCUGGACAGUCUUGACAGAAAUGCUCGGAGAAUAGUAUGGAGAAUAUGCAUACUGAUGUUGAUGUUAAGGUGUAAAGGGUUAAAGCUUUUGGAGGAACAGGACCAAAAAAUUUUUCAUGUUGGCCGACAGGUUUUUUACAGGAACUUGUUCAUGAGAAUUACCUAUGUAUUCAAACCAGAUGUUUUCAUUAUUUUUAUAGCCAAGUGGUAGCAAAGAGAGAAUUGGUAUGUAACUUCAGGAUUUUUAAUAUCUUGCAUUUUCUGGUUAUUCUUAGUAUUGAGAAUCUUAGACAAAAGAUAAAGAGAAGUUUGAACUCAUUUUUGUCAGAGGUUUGGAAAAACACUCGUGAGAACUCUGACCUGUGACCUCUCAAGCCUGUUAUCUAGACAAUUGGUGAAAGCUAUGGAACCACAAAGGAAAAGGCGAAGAAGCUAUAUUCUUUACUGUAAUCUGACUCAUCAGGACUUCUUUGUUGUUUCUCUUCUUCCAGAUCAGUCUAUCUUUCUAUUUGUGCAGCUUAUAGAGUAAACACUAGUAGUAAAUUUCACCUUGUGAAUUACACAAUGCAUCUAGACAAACUUUGUGGAAAAUUUCCAGGCAUCCAGUGAUUUCACAGGCAUCACCAAAAGGCUUUUUAAUUUCAGUCACUGAGUAUGGACAGAAAAACCGUCAUGAUGUUGAAGAGAAGGAACUGAAGGAGUUUCUCAGACUCCAAAAUUUGGCAAGUAAAGAUGAUAAGCAAACUGAAGGUAUGUUACAUGAACUGAACAUUUUAAAGAAAAAAAGAUUUAAAUAACUCAGGCAUCUUGCAAUUAACAGAAUUGUCAGCUAAAUCACUCAUUUUCCUUCUUAAAUAAAUGUUAAGUUUGGAAAAUAUAAGAAGCCAAAUUUUCCAUUGUGGUUAAAAAUAGAGUUGAAUUUUUCAUAUAUUUUUAGAGAUAAGAUCCAGGGUUGUUUUUAUUCAGUUGUUAACUGGUGAAUCCAUCUAGCCAGUGCAACAAAUGGUAAGCUGCAUCCCUCUUCUCUCCAAUGUUAUUUAGAUAAUUAAUUUGAAACAUACAAUGCAAACAACCUAUGUAAAAAAUUUCAUUCCUUUGACAGAUAGUGAGCAGCCCACUUCAGGACUUCAAAAAGUAUUCAAGUACAAAAAUCUGAUUGUAUUUCCCCUCUCUUUAAUUUUACUUAAGAUGUUGUAGUAGUAAACUUAGUUGUCUCUCCAGAACAGAAAAAAGACUUCUUCAUCACUUAUGUGAGUUUGUUCUGGGUUUCCUUACAUCAUGGAAAAUCUGGAAAGUUAUGGACAGUCAUGGAGUACAUGCAAAAUUAUAUUUCUGGGAAAAACAAAAUUAAGAAAGGCCAUGGUUAAAUGAUAAUUUUUAUAUAGUUUUGAAACAAUUUCAGUCCAAGAAUAUUUUUGUGGAAAGUAUUGGAAUGUUAUAACCUUGAAUAAGUAAAAACCUUCCUUCUGUCUUUCUGUAACUUAUGUUUAAUUCCCCCACAACAGAAAAAUCAGCCAUUCUUUCAUUGAUAUUAAUAUCUUUAAGCCCUAAGGGUUGCUUUGAGUAUGCUUAUCAUAUUGAAGUUUACCAUUUGUAUUUCAGUGCCUUGGUGUCUCCAGUACGGUCAUUACUAGGAAAUUAAAAUAUCUGUUUACUGACAACAUCAUCAGAUUCAUGAGGAAGAAAAUCAUCUUUUUGGUCUGUACAGAGGAAAAGAAUCCAGCAAAAACAAAAACUAACCAAUUUAAAAAACAAAGCUGAG